UCAGUCUCAAGGCGCCAACACUGAAAUGAAGUGCGUGCACGAUCUUACCAACCUGGGUCUGCUUUGUAUUCACUGUUCCUCUGCUCUCAUCAGCCUUCCUGGCAGCAAUCUCAUCAGCAUUCCUGGCAGCAAUCUCAUCAGCUUCUUAGCAAUCUCAUCAGCAUUCCUGGCAGCAAUCUCAUCAGCAUUCCUGGCAGCAAUCUCAUCAGCUUCACUCAGCAUCAUCCAAAACAUGGCUGCAGUCUCCUCUUCCUGUUCACUAAACUCCAACUCUGAGUGCAAAACCCCACCUCUUCAU